GCAGAGCAGAAGGUGAGGUCUACAGAGCAUGACCCAGCAGUGCCUGCAUUCUGUGCCCUGCCCAGAGGCACCGCAUUGGCCUCAGAGCCCUGAGCCUGGUGCUAAUGGGUGCUGCUGUUGCUCAUUCCAGCAAUGCUUUGUUUGUGGAGAGAAGGGGGCCACCAUCUGCUGUGCAGAGACAGGCUGUGAACGCAGCUUUCAUCUGCCCUGUGCCACAGAUGGGAAAUGCGUCACACAGUUCUUCGGUAACCACAGGUCCUUCUGCUGUGAGCACCGGCCUCAGCAGAUAGUAGAGGCAGCUCCAGAGCCAGACGCAAACUGCGUGGUCUGCCUGGAGCCCGUGGGGGACCAAAAGUCCUACCACACCAUGGUGUGCCCGGUGUGCACAAAGUCCUGGUUCCACCGGAGCUGCAUCCAGAGACAGGCAAUGAACACUGGCAUUCUUCGUUUCCGAUGCCCUGUUUGUGGAGACAGGGUGCAGUUCCGCUCGGAAAUGCACCGCCUCGGGAUCCAAAUCCCAGCCAGUGUACCAACAUGUGCAAACAAGGUGAGCUGUGCCGUGCAACAGAUAACGCACAGUCUUGCUAAUCUGAGUACUGCCAGCCAGGAGGCGGAGGGGUCAUCUUAUAGCUCCCCAGCAGCUGACAAUCACACAUCUGCAUCCACCAGCCAGGCAGUACUGCAGUCAUCUCACAGUCCGCAGCUGCCUAAGUGCAACAUCUUGUCCAGCCAGCUCAGGGGAGGACAGUGGAAAAGACGCAUGGCUACAUGCAAGCAGCACCAAGGACACCAAGGGAGCAGCCAUACUCCUGCUCCAGGUGCAGAGAGCAGCACCCACAGAUCCAUCAGCCAGCGGGAAGUGGGGCACUCCAGCAACUCUGCAGUGGCUGAGCGCAGAUGGCAGUCCAGGCAGCAGGACACAGGCCGGACAAGAAGCCGCUCUCCACUAGAGGAUCGUGCUUCCAAAAUCCCAAGACUGCUCAGAAGACCUCCUGGCAACAGGUCUAUUCCUCUAAACGCAGGUGCUGGGAGCAGCAGGCAUGCUCCAGCCUCAGGUGCUGAGAGUAGCAGGCGCACAUCUGGCAGCCAGUGGGCAUCCAGCAAUUCCCCAAGGGCUGGAAACACGAGAUGCCACAGACAACAGGGCACAAGCCAGAGACAAAGCCAUUCCCGCCUACAAGGUCUGGCGUCAAAUUCAUCGAUCCAGUCCCGAGUACUGUGCGGCAGCAGACUUAGUCCAGCCCCAGGUGCUCAGAGCAGCACCCAGAGCUCUGCCACACAGGUGACAUCGAGGGCCUCCAGGGAUUCCCGUCUGCCUGUACCCAGAAGACUCCUGCAGCGAGGGCAGCCCCAGGAACGAAGCCGUUCCCCUCUGGAUCGUCGGGCUUCCAAUUUCCAAAAUGAGGCUGGAGGAAGCCACAGCGGCAGCCCCAGACAGCGGCGGCCAACUCAGGCACGACGCCAAAACCGGAACCAGCCCUGAAGGCACUGCAGGAGCAGCCACAUACCACAGCCAUGUGCCAGCUCCUGUCCCCAGCAGCCAUCCCAAUGGACUUGUCACGGAGUUCUCUCUACACCUGUGUCCGUGACAGGAGGCAGCAGGCCUGGGAA